AAAUAUUCUCUCCACUUCUGACUUUUACUUAAUCCAGGGUGUAUGAUUCACAACAUUCUUCUUAACCAUCACAAAAGCACACACACACUGACAAAUAAUCACAAUGUCACUGAGAGCAAGUGCACCAAGAUGGUUACAAGCAAGUUCCGUAUCUACACAAUCAUCAGCCAAAGAGUCUCCUAUACGUAAACUUGCCGAUGCAUCAAAAGGAUGUAGUGAACAAGGACAAGUGUAUGCACAAUGCAUCUUUAAGGCACAAUUCAGUAAAGAAGGAACGGGAGUUGAACGUGGCAUAUGCGAAAAAGAAUUCAUGGCAUUCAAAGAAUGUGUACAGACAAAAAUGGGACGCAAGUGGUAGGUAAAUCCCCAAAUAAUGUGUAAUAUCAGACUAUACGCAAGUAGAAAUGUAUCAAUAGAUUGUAUAGAAAUACAGUGAGAAGUUCGU